AUUUAAGUACCACGUUGUAUACUUGCAUGGCCCAUGCACCUCGAUAUUCCCGCUUUCCCCGCAACCCCCUCCCCCCUUUUAUUUCACUGUUUAUUUAUUUCCCUUUCACUUCUCUCAAAUUUCUUUCGCCAUUUACCCCUUUUUUUUCCCAAAAGGUGGUUAAAUUAUUUUUAAUUAAUUAAUCAAUCAAAUUAAUUAAUUAAAUAUAAUAUGGCUACCGGAGCUGCCAGCGAUGGAAUAUUCCGUGGAAUAUUCGAGGGAUCUAUCUCCGGUCACGAUUUGGAGAUCUCAAAAAGGCCUUACCAUAGAAAUUGUGGCUGUGCUCUGCACAAAUCCCGAGGCAAUUGCUCUCAUUCCUCCCGUUAUAUGCACGUUUCCUAUCCGAUCAAACGGUCCUGGAGCGAAGGCUGCUUAUCUUUGAUGGCUGCGGCGGCGGCGUCCGGUCAUACUUCGCCGUGUACUUCACCGGCUGUAUCGACAGCGACGGCGGCGGUUGGGAAGAGGAAUUUGGUGGCGGUUAAUGAAGAUGAAGAAGAUCUGGUUUUCAGUAAAGUUUAAUUAAUUUGAUUUUUAAUUAAGGGAAUAAUGAUUAAUGGUUGCUUUUUUUUUUUAAAAAAAAUACUAUAUUAAACAAAAAAAUAAUAAUAUUAUUAGUUGGUUUAUUUGAGAUUUGUUUUUGUUUAAUGUGUAUUUGACAGCAUCGAAGAUAUAUUGAGCUGUGGAGGAAAUAGUUUUCCAGCUAAAAAUUCUCUGUCAAUUUAAUUACUAAUUCUUAAUUUUUAUUAGAAACAUUUGAUGAUAGUAAACUCUUAGAUAUAUGAAAAUCAAAUGCUUAAAAUUGCUGGAAUUAAGCUAAUAGCUUCAUGAAAUUUGUGUAAUGUAUUUUGUAGUUUUAUUAUGAUUGUCGUUGCUGCUGAUCAUGUAGCUUGAAUUUAGUAUUAUUGUAUCUUUUUAGAAUCGUGGUGUUCGAGUCUGUUUGCACGCAUAACACGCGUAUCAAGUAAUUUAUUCAUCAAAGUAAAAAAAAAAAUUAUCUAGUGUUUUUAUUUUUA